AUGAUGAAGGGAGAGUUUGAUUCCCAUCUCAAGUGGCCGUUCAAAGGAGAGAUGACAGUUGAACUGGUCAACCAGAAAGAGGGAGGAGAAAAGUAUGAGCAAAAGCCAGUUGAACACUGUGAUCCCAUUGAACAUGACAACCCUUUCCAAAGAGUGACUGAGGGCGAUAGAUCUAAGAAAGGAUGGGGCCUAGCAGAAUUCAUUUCCCACUCAGAUCUCUACAACCCUGAAGAGGGUAAAGAGUACCUGGUGAAUGACACUCUCAUUUUCAGAGUCACCAACGUGGAAGUCACUAGCGUCUAA